CUUGUAUUGUAUUGGUGUAUAUCUUGUUUUUUUUAUCUUGUUUUAAUGAUGCGUCGAUGUGGUUGGACCCUUUUUUUUCCAUUGCAGUGCUUUGUGUGGGUUGUUCCAUCGAAAAUACAAGCGGGGAGGAGUUCAAAAAAGUGGAAAAAUUCCGCUCUCUCUCCAGGCAACACUUUCUUUUCCAACUCUAUUCGCUAACCCCAUGGCAGGUUUAAGAAGCAUUAUUGCCUUGGCUUUUGUGCUGGCUAUCGGCUUUCUCUUAGUUAUCCUUUCAUGUGCCCUUUAUUAUAAUUGGUGGCCACUGCUCGUUGUGGCUACAUACGUACUUGCACCUCUACCAAAUGCUCUGUGCGCGCGAUGUGCAGGCGAGGAUGAUAUUAUGUCCGAUUAUAACAGCGGCAUUAUCGAUGCCGGUCAUUUUAUCACCGGCAUGUUCAUUAUUACCGGAUUCUGUUUACCAUUUGUCUUGGCACAUGCCGAUGUAAUUACGGUGCCGGCCAUGGUCAUGAGUAUUGCCGGCGGUUUACUGGUGUACGGCACAAUUAUCGCCUACACACAUUUCUUUGCUCACCGAGAAGAUGACUAUUAAAGAAAUCUAUAAUGUACAUACUUUUGGACUUGACGAAAAACCAAUAUUUCCACACCCUCUCUAUUUUUGGAUUAAAAAAACAUGGUGAACGUAAAUUACUCUGCGCAACUGAGCAAUGGCUCCGUGACCAUUGACAACACGAUAUCCCGGCCUCCCCAUCCAGCGAAAUGCC